UCAAUAUCCCCCUUCACAACAGGCGUCUAACUAAAGUAACGACACAUUUUUUUUCACCGGAUAAAACGAUAGACCAGUAUUUUUUUACACACCAUGGACAACAACAAUAACAACCAGAUUCUUGACGUAGAUGGUUGGCCGAAUGACGUAUAUGGAUUUUUGAGGGUGACACGGUCAAAUGGAUUGAACAUGUGGGUCACUUUCUUAUUGGAGGACAAGGUUGAACUCAAAGACACAAAUGACAAGAAACGAUGUGGAUUACCUGAUAUCGAGAAGGAGGAACGGAAUGUAAAUGAUGAAAAGCGGGUGAAUGAGGAGGAGGACGGGGUGAAUGAGGAGGAGGAGGAGGAGGAGGAGUAUUACAACCCGUACAUUCGGUUGUUUGCCGAUUGUGAAGAUUGGGGAUAUGGUGACGGUAUGCCUGCGGCCUGGCGACAAUAAAACGAGUUCACAAAAACCUCUUGAGAAGUCGAUCGCGCUGGCGACCUAUGAGAUGCAGCAUGUUGCAUGGUUGAGCUGACGGACCCGGAACCGCCUCAGAAUGAAAUUUAUCAAACAGAUGAUUUCACGUGGGAACCCCUCCCCCCUAUUAACUUUAUCAUACAUUAUGUAUAAUUUACACACAUAUCUAAACGGUAUUUAGACGAUUUUUUUUAUCUUCUUUCAUAUUAUAUAAACGAAUUACCAUAAAAGACACUUUUCAUAUAAUGUAGGGUAAUUCGGUGGCAAGCAUUAGUGAACAUUCUUUUUGUUUGUACAAAGAAUUAUCAGAUCCAAAUUGCAUGAUAUAACUAUAGUUUGAUAUAUUUUCUUACCUUUCGGUAUAGCCAGAGACGUAUAUAACACAUGGCUUUACACGGCUCUGGUAUAGCCUACAUUUCUAUUAUGGUCUUUGUGAUGUAUCUGCGAGUACAUUUAGAGGUGACACUUAUUUACUGUUAAACAGCUUCUUUGUACACAUAAUAUGAUUGUUUUAUCAA